GUACUCCGUUGUUUCCAUCUUCCCGUGUGAUUUUAUCAAGAUUACUCGACAUAUAUUUUUUUUUUCACAACUCACUGAAAAUCUUAAAACUCUUAUGAUUUAACCUCAACCCCUUCACUCAACCUGUCACACCAAUGUUUGCAGCACUUUGUAAUUAAUAUGAUCUCUUGAGUCCAUACGAGGUGUUAGCUCUCUUUGGUUUGUGAAGGCUGAGAAACUUGCCCUUUUGGUAGGUACAGCUGGUAGAUACCGGACGACUAAUUCUAACAUAUAAAAAUCCCAAAAUAAAGUAAAUAAUCUGUUGGGUUUACUUAAUGGCGGAUUUAACUAGCCUAGCAGAAGCUUCAGGCGUGGCGUGGUGGUCACUCCUUAACAAAAGUUGCCACUUCUUUGUUGCAUUGUCUACUGAUGUUUAGUUUUUUCUCAAUAUAGCCAUCUUUGGAGUCCCCACCAGGAAGGAAAAGCCCAUUGGUACCCCUUCAUUUGCGAACUUCUAUUACAACAAGCUAAUUAUUUCACUGGCUAAUGGGGACAAGAGUGCUAGUCGACAAGUGAUGAAUUAGCCUCAGGACACACGCUUCCUUCACCUGUGUCAACAUGGGAAUAACUACGAUAACAUAAGCGACACAACAAUGCUUAAAAUUAUAUUAACAUAACUUCUAAGUAACUGUUCAGUGGAUGUUAAAGAUUUUUAUAUCUUGUAAUGGUGGAUUUCUAGAGCCACAACUUUUUAACGCUGACUCCUCUUCAGUUUUCCUAUCACAACCAUUCGUUUUAUAUGUCCUGCCUCUACGGAAACUGUUCUAAUAUAUAUAACUCCAAGGAAGACACUAAGGAGUGCUGCUUCUCAUCAGUGAUUGGUCUUAUGUACGAGCUGAGUUCAACGUAACGCAGGAGAUGGCGUGUGAUAGCUCCAGCGAGAGGGACACCUGUGAACGUCCCGAUUCAAAUUCUUCAGAUCCAAACUACCAGUGCGAGGCUUCAUCUGAUUUCCGUAUCCCAGGUGGCAUGUUAGAGGAGAACUUCACUCACGUCCUCCUGAGGAAAUUUACCCUCCUCCUCCUUUUGGUCUGUUUCGCCGUGAAGAGAGGCAAAAAUCUGCAUUGUCGUGGGAUGUACCUGAGAGUAGAGAAAAUACUUCGGCUGUUAUGUUUCACAACUACUCUAACCCUCCUCGUAGACUGGACCGAUUGUACAGCAGCGACUGGGGUGAGGGAGGACUGGCAGUGGAGGUGUGGAGUCUGCUCAGUACUGUUAGCCUGGUAUCACUUCAUUAUAUUGCUGGGUUUGCUGCCCCAGUUUAGUGUUUAUCUCUUUAUUGUAAAUGACUUCCUCAAAACUAUCUUAAAGUUAUUUGGACUCUUGCUUCUUCAGGUGGUUGCAUUUACAUUUGCCUUUCAAAUGCUUAUGAGAGGAAAAUAUGCAUUCAGCAAAUUUUCUCGUGCCAUUAUGAAGAUCUUAACCAUGAUGGUGGGCGACCUAGGAUAUGAGGAAAACUUCGGUAACACGGAGAGUCUACCCUACCCAAUCAUGAGCAGCCUUCUUUUGCUCUGCUUUCUUGGGAUCAUGGUAAUUGGAAUGAUUAAUAUUGUAACGAAUCUUCCACAAGGGGAGAUGGAGAAGGCCAAGGACCAGGCUCAGCUCAUAAAUUUGUCUGUUCGCGUGAGCUUGAUAAUAACAAUAGAAUCUUGGUUUCCCUCGUUGAGGAAACGUUACAAUAUUGGCUGGGUUAUUGACAAGGUGAAUCAAGACAUAAGUCAAGAUACUGAACUUAACUCCAAUGCUACUAUAAAUAAAAGUUGCAGUAAUCUAAAUUCUUCAUGUCACUUAUGUGGUGGGCGUGAUCCUGAGCACACCUACAGAUUACUUGAAAAUUUAUCCCGUCAAGUCAAUGAACAAAAUAUGCUGUUGCAAGACCUAAUGUCAUGUGUAGUGAGAGGUGAAAAACAUAGGAUCAAAUGUAACACCACGUAAAUGACCACAAGCCUUCACACACACCAAAAAAACACGAACCCUAAUGUUAAAACGGAUCACCUCAAGAAUCUGCUCCACCCCAGCUUAUUCCAUCUAAAGAUUAACCACCUCACGCUAGCUUAAUCUCACCUCAUCUCCCCAAACUGUGUUAGGAUGGUUAAUCUUAAGGUGAAAUAAGCUGGAGCGGAGGAGAUUCUUCAGGUGAUCCGUUAAUAUAUUACUUGGCAGCAUAAAGGAUAAGAUGGAGCUUCAGUUAUGAUUGAUGGUAUUUUUUGAGAUAUUUUGUUGUUCUUUUGUUUUAGGUUUAUUAAUCAUCGUUCAUUAGUUGAUGUUGUGAAAGAAUUACAUAUUAAUUCAUAUAUGCUUUGUGAAACCACGAGAUUUAAGGCCAGAAAUAGGUGAGUGUUGAGAGUAGCAUAAUGGUGACGAAAGUAUGAUUUAAUGUAGCCAAGUUUAUGCGAGAAUGUGGUCCUUGAUCAGCUACUUUAUUCACAUAAUUUAGAAGAACUUCACUAACUGACAGACGCGUGACCACCAGAGCAUCACGUUGUCUUGAGAGCUGUGUUUAGUUAUGUUACACCAAAAGAAAAAUUUGUUUCAGUCGCAUCUGUUGUUCGUUGAUGAUUUGUAAACUAUAUAGCUUAUAAAGGUCCUAAAUAAAAAGAAAAAAAGGAUGAAAUAAUACAGUAUGUGACAUUGGCAGACAAAACCACUUGCACCUUAAUCUUUAGCGAUGAAGACUAACACAACUUUGUAAACAAGAUCUAUAUACUGUAUUGAUUAAUGCAUAGACUUAUACGAAGACAAUAGUGAUGACCCUACCACCAGUGGGUGUUGACUAUAAGGGAAGUAACUCAAGUACUGUACUAGUGGUUCUUAAACUGGGGAUCUUUGUGAUAUUUCAGGUCACUACUUCUGACCACUUAUGUAGGGAUUUGCUGACAACCAAAGUUACAAAAGUGAGCAGAACAAAGUCAGGUUUCCAUCACUGGUUAAUCUGGCACUGGUUAUUCUAAAUGCGUCUGCCUUAGUUGUAACAUAGCUGAAUUAAUUUUACUUAUUAUCAAAACUGAUUUUCUGUUGUUCCAAAAUAUAUCUUAUUAUGUGACAAAAAUAAUUUAACCCCUGAAAUACGAGAUGUAUUAUGUAUAUUCUCAGCAUAUUUAAGCAAAAAGUUGUGAUAAAUUCUGAAAUUGUGGUGUUAUUCUAAAUUGUUAUUUAAUCUUAAAUAACCUAGAAAGAAGAUUAAUGAUCACAUUGAAAUGAUUGGCGAGUUUUAAAAUUUUGUAACUCAAUGAACAUUUAUUGAAAGGAGUUAAAUAUCUUAUGGAAAGUUUUAAGUUAUUGUAAGACAUAUGUGAAUUUCUCAGUAUAUAUGAAAUGUUAUCUUUUUAAAUGUUAAAUGCAAAAUAGAUUAAUGAUUGUAGAUCAUGAUGAUAUGAUUGACUAGUUCAUAAAUUAUCGAGAUUACUUCAUAAAUCGUGAUACACUGAGAGUGAAGGUUGACGACCUGUCCUUGUAUUGUGGACAGGUCUAACUCAGGUUGAGAAAUUUGUCGAUUGAAACCACCUGGUGACUUGGGAGGCUUACCAUAUGUUUUUAUGCCCAAACCGGGACAAGGAUUAAUUUAAUGAGGCCAUGAUAUUAUACCACUGUACAUA